AGCUCACAGUCAGGAAAUGUGUAAACUGUGACUCUGUUCCCUCGUUGUUCACAUGAGUUUGAUGAGGCUGCUUUCACCAGAGACACAUGCCAUGAUGACUUUAUGAUGAACUCGGGCAGAAAACAACACAAAGGAUCUGAGCUGCAGCUGCCUGGACAUCUGCAAGAUGCUUAAAUGUGUAUGUUAGAAACAAGCUGAACAUGCAGGGGGCCAUUGCACGAGUGUGUGUGGUGGUGGUCGCUGCCAUAUUGAACCAUCCCUUGCUCUUUCCUCAAGAGAACACCACACUCCCGGACCAGGACAAGGAGCUGAUGGCUCGCAUGCGAGAGCACGAGGAGAGGUUGGAGAUGGAGCAGGCCAAGCUGGAGAAAGAACUUUCACAGCUGGAAUCAAAGCAGGAAGAAAGCAGCUCGGAGGAUGGUUAUAGUUGGUACUUUUGGAGCACUUUGUCUUUCGUCAUAUUCUUUACCAUCGAGCUGUACAGGGUAGAUCUUACUGACACAGAAAUCAAGCCAGUUGAGGAUGAAGACGUCUUUUCAGAGAGUGGAUCUGUCACACCCAGAACGAUGGUACUAGAUAAGGAUGUCCUGAGUAACUUCUGCGACAAAUGCAUGUACACUUCAUCCCAUGAAAACUGGAGGGUGAGGGAGUUUGUCGAAGGUUUUGCUGAUGACUUGUUGGAAUCGCUCAGGAGCGUAUGUGACAGGGAUGCGGACAUGGAAGUCGGGGACUUUGUCGGCAUUGGGAGCAUGUUCGAGUCUUGGAAGGUGUGCAAACCCCUGAUGUGCGACCUUAUAGUCCCUUUUUCACCUCCAGAUCCAUAUUCCUUCCAGUUCCAUCUGUGGUGCAGCCCCUCUAGUGACGUGCCCCCAGGCUUGCAGGGCUGUGGCAAGAUAAAGGUGACCAAGUUUGGGGAGAAUGAGAAGGGCUGUCUCUGUGGCUCUGCCAAUAUGGGAGAUGACAUGCUGUGUCUAUUGCACAGUAGGAAUGACACACCUAAAGUGGACCACAGUCCUGAUGAACUGUUGUGCUCCAGGAACACACCUUUCUUAGCCAAAGAUCAAGUCAUGAAGUGGUUUCAGAUCUCUGUAACCAAAGCGUGGGGACGCAUCUCUCACAAAUAUGACUUUGAGGUCACUUUUCGCAACCUGGAUGCCGCUGGCGCUCUGACGAUCCGAUUCCGUUCGGGUAAAGUCAUCAUGUUGAACAUCAUACCGGUGGUUCAGCUGGAGGAUACAGACGCUUAUUUUGUCUCACACUUUCCAUCAGAUUGUGACAGCCCUCCAGAUCCAUACUGGCCCCUCUCUUUUGCUGUCUACGAGAAGAAUUUGCUGAAACAUUUCGCUAAACGCCUACCACAAAAUUCCUGUCAUUUGCACUGCCUUCAGAUUGUUACAUUCCUACACAGAAAGCAAACAGGGCUCACAGGAAAAAGCGCCCUUACUAACUACCACUUAAAGACUGCUCUGUUGCACUUGUUACUGAGUAAAAAGCCUUCUGUGUGGGGAGUUGAGAGUAUGGAGCACAGGCUUCGGGAUUUACUCAGCUUCUUGCAGAGGAGCCUACAGGAGAAGAGACUUCAUCACGUUCUGAUUGGGAACAGUAAAGUGCCAGGAGAUGUGCAGGUUCCUCUGAUAAUUCGCAAAGCGGAGCCCAUCAAUCUGUUCAGACCUCUGGUGUUGCAGAGGGAGCUUCAUGCAGCAACAGUCAGGCAUUUCCACGAGAUGUUGAGAAAUGCGCCUGUGCUUAUACAAGAGUACACACCUCACUUAACAAAUGGAGGUUUACACCACAUCCUAGAUGAGAGUUUGUAAGUCUUGGCAGUGCUUGUCAUGUGCACUGCUUCUUACUUCUUUACUUUUACCGCUUCUUAAAUAGUUGCACCAGCUACACAAGUACAGAAACAAAAAGAUGCAAGUUAUUUUAGUUACAGCUGAUAUCUAGACUUGUAGUUGCUGCAGCUGCUUUCUUUACAUUUCACAGUGUAACCAGUGUAUUGAGAAUAUGGCCUCCAAACAACAAUUUAUAUUGUUUACCCAUGUAGUUACUUUUAGUUCAGUCUGUAGGACAGUUUCUGAAGCUUACAGGUCAUAUUGCUUGUAUUUAUAGACAAACCAAUUUUCAGCAGAUACCCCUAACGCCUCUGAAAGAAGCAGCAACAAGUAAUCUACAUGAAGGUCAUUGUAGAAACUUUCACCUGAGAAAAGACGGAGCUCUUUUGUCAGUCAGGGAAACAUUUGAACAGAAAUACCUCUCAUAUUGCGCAGAUCUAACAGGAAUAAUAUACCAAACAGUAAACGUGUUUUUGUUUUCAUUCACAGUAUUGCAAAUCUACAGUAACGGCAGCUAUUUCAUUUUGUAAUGUACAAUGUAAAGUAUUUGUUUUCGCCAUUUCUUUUUUAGAUGUCCAGUUCAUUAAACGGGGCCACUGUGUGCAGCCUGAGGGGGGAAACAUAAUGUAGUUUUGUUUAUUGUAACACAGAGAAUAUUCAGAUUCAGACCAGAGUCAUUACAUCUCAUUUUUAUUAGAAAAAAAAAAAAAAUACAAACUUCUGAAUGGAUCAUUGAAAAUCAGAUUUACCUCACAGUACCUCAUUUCCCUUAUGGCAAUUAAUUUCCCCUCAAUACAAAAAUCAUCUGUCAUGUCUUAAAUUUCCCCCCAGAAAUACAUUUGUUCUUCACUGUAUCCCCUUAAUGCUAACAUAUUGUAGUAUUUAUCACCAAAAA